CUCUUGUCUCUGAUCAGACCAGUGAAGUCAUCUUUCCUCCUCUGCAACCUUUUCAAGCCGGCAUUUUUGGGAGGGAGGUCCCUGCAAAGGAUAUACAAACACUCGGUCAAGCAUCCAGACUGGUUCCACACACUGCACCAGCGGCCAGCAGAGAACUCGCCUAAUUCUCCACACAGAACAGGAUCGUUGACGUGACCUGACAUCAAGAUGGCAACAAAGAACGUCAGCGGCAUGGCUAACAAAGGUCCAUCCUACGGCAUGAGCCGGCAGGUUCAGGAUAAGAUCGACAGCAAAUAUGACCCAGAUUUGGAGCAGAUCCUAGUGGAGUGGAUCAGCCGUCAGUGUGGCUCCGGUGUGGGAAAGCCCGAACCCGGCAAAAUGGGUUUCCAGGCCUGGUUGAAAGACGGAUGUAUCCUGAGUGAACUUAUUAACAGUUUGUUCGCUGGAGAUAAACCUGUGAAGAAGAUUCAGAGCUCGCCCAUGGCCUUCAAGCAGAUGGAACAGAUCUCACAGUUCCUCAACGCUGCAGAGAAGUAUGGCGUCACUAAAACUGACAUGUUCCAGACCGUGGACCUCUGGGAAGGUAAGGACCUUGCUGCAGUGCAGAGGACCCUGUCAGCUCUGGGUAGCUUGGCCGUCACUAAGGACGAAGGCACGUACAAUGGAGACCCUAACUGGUUCUUCAAGAAAGCACAAGAGAACAAGCGAGACUUCAGCGACGACCAGCUGAAGGCAGGCAAAAAUGUGAUUGGCUUGCAGAUGGGGUCCAAUAAGGGAGCCAGUCAGGAGGGCAUGAGCUACGGAAGACCCCGACAGAUCAUGUAAAAUCACUGAGCUACGCAAAUCCGAAACCUCUUUAGCAUCAGAUACCCCUUUAACCCAGCCAACUGUUCCACUUCAAUGCCCCUCUCUGCUUUAGAAUGAAGGGAUUUCCUUACAACUACUUCUCUAGUCUUAAAACUUUCCAUCAAGUACUUAAGUACGUGCCUUCACUGGGGACAACUGCAGACCUCACCACGCUUUGUCUUCCAACUGCAGGACUACCUGUACAACCAAAAGCCUGAAGAUGCAGUGGUAACCAUGAAAUGACCAAAGAACUAUUUAGGAGAUAAACCAAACCAUCAAAUACCAAAAGAAAAUCUAUUCUUUCAUCAUUCAAAAUGGAAGAAACAGUUUUCUUAUCUUGGCUAAUUCUCUAUAUUCACCUCUGAUCCAUCGCAGACUUUUGAAUCAUAGUGUAAGAUUUAUUUUACAUUUUGAGUCUGGAUUCAAACAAAAAUACCAAUUUGUUUACAAAAAUUUCAGAGACCUGUGUUUUCUCACUGCAACAAUAUUGUUUUGUAACACCUGUAAUGUCAGUGCCAAUCUUUUUGUACAUUGUCUUAUUAAAUAAUGACUUUGACAUACAUUUAUGGCCUGACUUGUGAUUCUGGAUAUUUUAGUCUUGCCAUAUUAAAAAAAAAGACACAUUUGUAU